AUGCGCGCCCGCUUUGCAAUGGGCAUUGUCAGCUCAAUUUUCUUGUGGUUGGCUCCUCCACCAAGGGGAGAACGGGUUGCUUCCUGUGGAGAUAGCAUCAAGUGUACAAAUGAAAAUGGCUGGCGCUACUUCCGCGCUUGCGGAAUGGAGCGAAAUGUCCAUUGGUGGCGCUAUGAUUUCGAAUCCUUGGCCUAUCCCGCUAUGGCUGCUUUGGGGCCGCAUGCACGUCGCAUCCUCGUGUUGGGUGGUGCUUCAGGUGGGGUGGCCAGCAGAUUUCUUCAAAGCAGCGAUGUGGAAGAAGUUCGCUGGGUCAGCAACUUGAAUGGCGUCAUGGAAGCUGCAAGGCGCUGUGUGCCAUCCGUCAGUGGUAUUGACGAGGAUCCGCGCUUGAGAGUCGAGAUGUUGAACUCAACGCAGUUUCUCUACCAGAAUCCGGCCAACAAAGCCGUCAUGCAGUAUGACAUCAUAGUGCAAGACACCUUGUCUCUUUUCGCCGAGGAGCAUGGAUUGGGCCGCCACUUUUGGAGUGCUUCUCUUGAGACGGAAUACUUCUCUUCUUCAAGACUUGAGGUGCUGCAAAAAAUGCUGUCAUCUCGAGGUGUUUUGGUCCUCACCGCUGGAUAUCUAACAACUCCUAAAUUUUUGCAGAUCGCCCAGGGUGCCUUGAGCACCUUCCACAAUCGCUGGACGCUGCAGUUUGCCGCUCCAGAUGUUGCCCACGCGACUGGAGUCACCAUUGGAUUUGUGGCAGGUGGAAUCGAGGCGACAAUGAAGAUGAAUCGCAGCUGGUGGCAACUGCAAGGCAUAGAGACCUGCUUCUACACUGAAGACAUGCACCGAGCCUUGUUGACGCCAAGCCUGACGCUUCUUAAGGUCCUGGGAUUGACAGUUUCUUCGGAGCCGAGCUCCUCAUUACCAAAGAUGGCUGCUGCGGAGUUGCCUCAAGUGUCGCGGCAAACUUGCGGCUAUGAAGAUCAGGAAUUCCAGCUUCUUGAGACUGAGAGGACCAAUUUCCAAACGGUUCAGGUAACGAGAGCCUUGAGCUUUGCGGGCGAUUCGGAGUGCGUGACGCUGUUCUUGGAUGGUGAACUCCAACUCACUGACGUCUACGGAGAUGUUUACCACGAAGCCUUGGUUCAUGUCAUGAUGGCCUCUCUUGGCCCCAGCCCCUUGCGAAAGGUGCUGGUUUUGGGUGGAGGAGAUGGUGGAGUGGCGACAGUGGCUUUGAAGUACCCAAUGGUUGAGCUCCUCCAGGUCGAGAUUGAUGAGAGGGUCAUCCAGAUGUCCAAGCGAUUCUUUCCACACUUUUCGGCAGCCUUCACGGAUCAGCGCCAUAAGUUAGUGGUGGGUGACGCAGUACGCUGGGUUGAGGAUCACGCUCAUGAGAUGCAGAGUACCUUCGACCUUUGCAUUAUUGAUUCCACCGAUGAACCAUUGGCCACCGGCAGCUUGGUGAUGAAGGGGCGUGGCAUCAAUGCCCUUGCAGUAAGGCCUGACUUGCGCCUCGUUGCAGCUGCCCGCUGGGAUCGCCGUGUUGAGCUCUUUGACGGAAAGACUGCCAAGUCCCUCAACCGCCUGGUAUGUCACGAUGACGCAGUGCUUUCUGUUGCAUUUGAACGCGAGAAAGGCAGCUUCGCAACUGGUGGAGCCGAUGGGCGCAUUGCAAUUUGGAGCCUCUUCUGUGAAAGCUACUUAGGGCCCAUCCAGUCUCAGGGAGAGGAAAACUUGGAGCCUGGCGACCUUCCGGGCGCAAAAGUUCACCGUGUUGUUUUCGUGGUCUCAGUCCUUGAAAUGAGUGCGCCGGAGGGACAUUAG